AUGUCGCUUACUAGAGAUAAACCAUCAUUUCUUAUUUCGAACAAAGGUAAACUAUUGUUGGUUUUAAAUAAUAUUUUUUAUAAAAAAAAAACAAAGAAACGAAAACAAAGGAAAUAUUGGGUAUGUCAAACAAAAGGAUGUUCUGUCUAUGUACACACCAGUCUUAAAGAUGUUGUACUCAAAGUUACUCGUGAUCAUAAUCAUUUACCUCAUUCUGAGAAUAUACAGUUAAAACAGUUUCGUACAAAAGUAAAAGAACGUGCUAUGAAAGAGACAACUCCAAUUAUUAAGAUUUACGAAGAAGAAGUGAUAUCAUCUCAAAUGCCGCCAGAAACAUUAGCAAUUAUGCCUUUAGCACGUGAACUACGUAAGAAUAAUACUUAG